AUGGACGAAGCAAAGAAUAUGGCGUUACUUUUUUUCAUGGACCACCUAAUGCAAAAGAAUGGUCGGCGUACAAUCCAUGAUCUCAGCUGCCAGUUCGGUGCACGUGGUUUCACUGCAGAAAUGCGUGAUGCGGUUGGUACCACACAGGAAGGCCUCACCGAUUUCCUCAAUCAACAUCCCUCACUGUUUACAGUUGAGGGAGAUCAGGUUUGCUUAAAUGGAUUCGGUGAUAUGACAGUGAAGAACAACCCUUUAUUGCAAGCGACUGCAAACGCUAGAAAUCGUGAUUAUGUGAAGGAAGCGGUGCAGUUUUUUGAAGCAAAACUACAGAAAUUCGGGCCGGAGUUGCAGGAAUGUCUUAUUAAGAGUCUGCUCGGUCAUCGUUCACAAGCGGCUCCUGAAGUACGUCUGGUAUCUGGUAGGCAUCUAAAGGAUUUCUGUGAGUUUCUUCAAUCGCAGAAUGAUCACUUUGUGGUUGAGGGAGAUCGCGUUCGGCUAAAAAAUAUGCCCGAACCUAGUAAUGCUGGUAUUGAAUUGGAUGAUGAAGGAAAACCUUUAGCUGGUGUCAAAGCCAAACAAGCAGCUGUCGAGUAUCUCAGAUCUGUUGUGGAGCAGAAUGAUGAACAGCCGAUACCAUUGGAUGCAUUCUAUCAGAAAUUUUGCGAUCGUUUUUCUCAUACGGUCAGACAAGAAGUAGCAACCAAUCCGAAGGAAUUAUUGCAGUUCUUAAAGCUUAAUCGCAAUGUGUUUUUUAUAAGAUCUAAUAAGGUUUCGCUUGUGAAAAAUCGCGCUUCAGAAGAUGGUUCAGAAAGUGGCUCCACUGAGAGUUCAGAACUUGAAAAUAAUAGUAGCCAUCUAAAUAAUAAUGCUAUCAAUCGAAUCAAUCUUGUGAAAGCCUUAAAACCUGCAAAGGAAUCAGUAUCACUGAUAAACGCAGAAAUUGAUAGUAUGGAAGAACGAGUUGUUGGUGUUGAUUUUAAGACUGUUACCCUUGGCAUACAAGGAGAAGAAUUUCUGUCUCUGAUUGUAUUGGCAACAACCACACAAAUAAUUGUUUUCGAUGUUGUUCAUAGUGAUACCAUAUUAUUGGAAAGUGGUGUUAAAGAAAUUUUAGAAUCUGAGAAAAUUAUUAAGGUAAUUCAUGAUGCCAAGAGAGUGGCCACUUUGCUUGCUCAUCGUUAUGCCAUCAAUCUUAGAAAAAUCUUCGAUACGCAGGUAGCUCAUGCGAUAUUGCAACAUGAGAAGUUUGGCAAAGCUUUGACGGACAUGCGUACAAUGCCAUUCCUAAAUCUUCAAAGAGUUUACUAUCCACAGUCAAUCAUGAUGUCAGAUGCUACGCCUAGGAAGCUCACUCAAUCGCCAAGUUGGGGUCUGCGGCCGAUAACGGAGGAUUUUCUAGUGACUGUGGUUGAGGAAGCACACUGUCUUGUAACAGUAUUGUAUCGUAUGAUGAGUACUAUGUUGCCGAAGCAUCUUCUGGCACUGUUUGAGGAAAAAUGUCUGAAAGCAUUGAUACCGAAUGCAAAUCGGCCACCACCAGCAGUAUUUCAAACCAACGGUACGACACCAUUUAGAUCAUCAACAAGGAGAGCGGUUGCAACACCAAUUGUCAACAGCAUCAUUGUUCCUUCACCAAGGCAAGUGAGCGAUGCCUCAACACAAACAUUUUCCACUGGCGAAAUUAAUGUUCUCAGUGUGUAUUACGAUAAUUAA